AUGACGACUAACUAUUUGGUGCCAAACACUAAACCGAUUAAUGGAAAUGUGUUUCAUUCAUUCGAAAAGAUAAAUGAAAUAUUCGCAAAGAAUGAUGGUAGAAGAUAUUAUAGAGAACUUGAAAGUUCAUGCUAUGACUCUGAUGCUCCAUAUUUUGAUGAUAAACAAACUCAUUUAAGAAUUACAAAUCCAGCUCAUGAUGUGAACCAAUUAGGUGACACAUAUAUUAAACGCAAAGUUAAAGCAACUCUAGUUUCAAAUAAAGCUUUCACAUGUGAUGCCGCUUUUAAAUGCAUGCGUUUAUUCGUUGGUUAUAAAUCAUCAAAUCAAAGCUUUAAACAAUUAGAAGUAGAAACCGAAAGAGGUGAUGCCGGUUAUCUUCAGAUGGAUUGCGCCCGUGAAUCGUUCGCAUUUGCAACAUAUAAACCAAAAUCAGAAAGGAAAGUUAAAAAGUUUGUUCAUUCUUAUAUAAUAAUGUUCAAAAAUAUGAUAACUCAGUAUGUGGUAAAUAUAUUGACCCUUCAGAAGUUUUCAAGAAAGCAAAUGAAGAAGUUGAU